AUGAAAUCAUCUAUUUUUCACUCCUUCAGUUCUGAAUUUUCUUCUGAUUCAUCCUUUGGAUCAUCACAAGAAUCUUGUACAUGGGAUUUGCAAAAUUCACUUCCUUUCAAUGAAAAUGACUCUGAAGAAAUGCUUCUGUUUGGCGUUCUAGCACAAGCUGCUGAUCAAGAAAUUUCAGAAUCCAUUUCCUCUGAUCGAAUGAAGGAAGAUGAAGUCAAUUCAAGACCAGAAGUCGAGGGAAAACCCGUUCAAGAAAAGUCAUUCCGAGGCGUAAGAAGGAGGCCGUGGGGAAAAUUUGCAGCAGAGAUAAGGGAUUCCACCAGAAAUGGCAUAAGGGUUUGGCUAGGCACGUUCGAUACAGCAGAAGCUGCAGCUUUAGCUUAUGAUCAAGCUGCUUUUUCAAUGCGCGGUGAGGCAGCGAUUCUCAACUUUUCGGUGGAGAGAGUGCUCAACUCGCUGCACGAAAUGAGGUGUCCCAUGGUGAACGAGGAGGAUGGGGGUUCGCCGGUUAUAGCAUUGAAGAGGAGACACUCCAUGAGGAAAAGAAAGAAAUGCAAAGAGAGGGAAGUUAAGAAGGAAAAUGUGGUGGUUUUUGAGGACUUAGGUGCUGAUUAUUUGGAACAUCUUUUGAGUACAAGUUAG